GACUGUUCCUUGUAGUGCCGCCGGGACCGUUGGCAAGUGGGAGUGCGUAGCGACUUCCGUACUACUCGAGCCGCAGGCGCUGCGAGCCGAAGAGCAGAGCACGCGGGCCAGUCAACAUGUCGCGAUACGGGCGGUAUGGAGGAGAAACCAAGGUGUAUGUUGGUAACCUGGGAACUGGUGCUGGCAAAGGAGAGUUAGAAAGGGCUUUCAGUUACUAUGGUCCCUUAAGAACUGUGUGGAUUGCCAGAAAUCCUCCGGGAUUUGCCUUUGUGGAAUUUGAAGAUCCUAGAGAUGCAGAAGACGCAGUACGAGGACUGGAUGGGAAGGUGAUUUGUGGUUCUCGAGUGAGGGUUGAACUAUCAACAGGCAUGCCUCGGAGAUCUCGUUUUGAUAGACCACCUGCCCGACGUCCCUUUGAUCCCAAUGAUAGAUGCUAUGAGUGUGGCGAAAAGGGACAUUAUGCUUAUGAUUGUCAUCGCUAUAGCCGACGAAGAAGAAGCAGGUCACGGUCUAGAUCACAUUCUCGAUCCAGAGGAAGGCGAUAUUCUCGCUCACGCAGCAGGAGCAGGGGACGGAGGUCAAGAUCAGCAUCUCCUCGACGAUCAAGAUCGGUGUCUCUUCGUAGAUCGAGAUCGGCUUCACUCAGAAGAUCUAGGUCUGGUUCUAUAAAAGGAUCGAGAUCCCGUUCGAGAUCAAGAUCAAGGUCCAGGUCUCUUUCACGACCAAGAAGCAGCCGAUCAAAGUCCAGAUCUCCAUCUCCAAAAAGAAGUCGUUCCCCAUCAGGAAGUCCACGCAGAAGUGCAAGUCCUGAAAGAAUGGACUGAAGUUCUCAAGUUCACCUUUUAGGGAAAAGUUAUUUUGUUUACAUUAUUAUAAGGGAUUUUGUGAUGUCUGUAAAGUGUGACCUAGGGAGGAUUUUUCAACCAUCUAAUCAAAAUCAAUCUGGAUUAUUACUCUGUAAAUUCACAGCAGUAAGAUAAUGUUUUUGUUGAAUGUAUUAACAUCUUAUGGUCUGAAAAUGUGGGUUUUUAUUUGGCACAUUUAAAUAAAAUGUUUCUAACUAGUAUUUUGAUUUGUGUGCAAUAUUAAUACUUUCCGAUUUGGUAAACAUCAGGUGUCAGACUUGAUAAUUGUUAUUAACCAUAUUUAUACAGACAUUUGAAGUUUAAUGGUGUUAAGUCUUGAACAUCAUUAACUGAUCUAUACCUAACACUUGGUCAGGAUCUUAAGGGACUUUGAAAAUCCCAUUUUACCCUUGCAGCUUUGGGUAAGAUGAUCUUGAGUCCCCUGUAAUAGCAUGAAUGCAUCAUAACAAAUCCCUAGACUAUUUGAAGUUUGGUGUUACUAGAUAUUUCCAAACUAAUGAUCUCACAGUCUGUCAAGCUAGAGGGACCACUGAUUUACCUAUAAAUGAGCAUGGCAGGAACAAAGCAAAGUUUACUGAAAGUAAAUGUGGUAUUGGGAGAAACUGAUUUCUGGAGGCUGUAAAGUAGCUAAUUGAAGGUUUCAGGUUAUUAAACGGGGAUGGUUUCUACUCAAUGUUCUUUUGAUUCUUUGCUUUCAAACAGCCAACUUUAUAUUUAAAAAAUGCAUGUUUGAGGACUUGUUUGAAUUUGAAACAAAACAUUGUAAACCAGCUUUGCAAAAUUUUCCAGUCCAGAUACACUUCUAUUCCUUUGAAUGGAUUGCCUUACUCUGUGCAAAGAUUAAUAUCCAAGCUAGAUUUUGCAGUUCCUGACAACCAACAUUCAUCCUCCUAUUUUGCCAAGCUGGUACAAAGUAAAGUUGUUAAUUUAAUGUUAAUGAGACUAACACAGUUUGUAAAUCUUACACAUUUACCAACACUUCAUAUAUAACUAAGUUUUUUUGGUAGUGUCUGGUAGAGCUUAGAAUGGUAUAGCCAGUACGUUCUUGUUCAGACUUUAAAUGUUAAGUAAGUAUAAUAGGGCAGUAACAGUUACUUUUGAGAGUUUUCUGGACAAGCUUUUUACUAUAUUCUCUAACCUUGGUGUGAAAACAAAAGUACAGGAAUCUGCCCUAAGAAAAUGAACAUUUUCUUAGGCUUUUUCAACAAAAACAUUGGAUAGUAUUGCCAUUUGAGAAUAUUGGUCUGCCUCAAAUUUGGUGGUCUGAGUGAGUGAUCACUAUUAUGUUGGAAAUCAUUUGGAUUCUUUGUUUUUGGAAUAUGACAACAUGGUUGGUAUAAAACUGUAAUUGGCAGGCUUAUUUAUCUGUUGCACUUGGUUAGCUUUAAUUGUUCUGUAUUAUAUAAAGAUAAGUUUGCUCAACAAUAAAUCUGCAGAGAUUGAAUAAAUAAUCCUCAUACUCAAUUUUUGGAAGUCUGGGCUCUGAGCCAAAAGUACAAAUCAAUUCUGUAGCUUUUAAGGGUGGGUAACAAGUAGCAUUCUAGAAAUCAGUCUGAAAAGAUAAUGCUAAUGAAGUAGGGGUAGAGUUAAAAGGGUUUUCAGAAACAGUUCUGCUACCCUUAGAGAGAAGGGAGUAUUGGUCAGCAGCUUUAGUAUUCAAGUGCAACUUGACCCUUUUGUUUUGUACUUUACAUCAAAACGAUGCUUUUUCCCUGUUCUAAAUCAUUGUGACUGCUUAGUUUUAAAUUGAUCAUUACUGACUUGAAAAGUGCUGCUCUAUAUUCAUUUAAAAUUUUCAGUCUAGCAUGAUUGGUAGCUAAUCAUGCAUGUGUUGAGCACUUUUAAAGACGUAUUUUGGCUAUUUUACUUGGCAUAGAGGAAUAAAUAUUGCAUACCCUGUCCUCAGUGAUGAUUCCUCAUUGAACUAUUAAGUGACAAUGGUGCUAUUUUGAUUUGUACUCUACUGAAGACAGAAUACUGAGGAGGUAUUGAAAUAACAUCAGUUUGAGAUUGGUAAAGUGGGGUUGGAUUUUGAUUUUCAUCUGGACUAUGGACAUAUAAAAGAACAUGAUCUUUCUAUAGGACUGGACUGGAAGGUAUAAACCUGAUAAACUGGCAAAAAGUUGUAGAAAGUGAAGGAAAAUGGCAAAUGCAUAAUCUAGAAGUUGAAUGCAUACAUAGCUGGAAAGAUCAGGCAAAAAGUACUAUACAAGGCUGGUUUUGGAGUAGAGGGUGAUGAGAACCAAAAAUAAGGGUGAAAUAGAUUGGAUACUUCAUUAUAAAAAAACCACAAUUUUUGAUUUUUUUGAAACCAGGUCUCCAAAGCCCAGACUAGCCUUGAAACCCUCCUGUUUUUGUCUGCUGCAGUCCUGGUGUUUGGUGUGUGCACUGUGCCCAGCUCAGAACUUCAGGCAAUUUCAAAGCUUGUAGGAAGUAAUUGUUUUGACCAUGAUUGCAGCAGACCAAGUCAGGUAAAAACAGCAAAUGUGAGUUUUUCACAUUUGUCUGUUUACUUUAGUGGAAUUGUCAAAAUCAUAAAUUUAGCCUCCAUAGUGAUAAUAGUGUUUUUAUCACCACUUUACAGAACAGGACUCAAGAUUGCUAAUUUAGUCAGCAGUCUGACUAAAUUCACCUGGUGGGAAGUAGGGAGUUUCAUAAAUCCUACCUGUGGUUUCAAACCUGUCUGGGUCUUGCUAUGUUACUAGGCUGUUCUGCGAUUACUGGGGUUCAAGUGAUUUUGCCUCAUCCUCUUGAGUAGUUGGAACUACUCUGGUGUGCACUACCAUGCCCAGCUAUCUUUUUUUUUUUUA